UUUUCUUUUUUUUUUACUCCUUUUGUUCUGUUUGUUCGUUUUUUUUUGGGUUUCCGGCUGCGGGUCCGGGUAAUUUUGGUUUUGACGAUGUCGCGAGAGUCGAGUGUCGGUUGUCGAUGUCAGAGUCUGACCGGUGCCUGUUUGCUUCAGCUACUAUGUCACUUGAGCGCGUCGCAGAAUUGGGGUUUAAGGAGGUUGGGAUUUUCCUCGUCGUGGUUUUAGUUUAGGUCUAGAGGGUGAUGAGGGGUGAUGUUUGGUGGCGUUGAGUGAUUGUUUGUUGCGGUUGUUUGGAUUUACGCUCUUUGUUGUUUCUAUUUUUGUGUGAGUGGUGUGAGAGAAGAGUUUAUGUGGAGGUUUUAUGUUGGGGUUCGUCUAGGAAUGAAGAUGGGAGUGAUAGUUUGCGAGAGGGUAGGAGAAAGGUUUUUUGUGAGCAACGGAGACUUCGCUGCCUGCCAAGUGGUCUGCACCUUAUUUCCUUUCUAUUAAAUUUUUGUGGGAAUCUUAAGGCUUCUACAGCACCAAUGAUUGGCGGUGAUUGAUGUGGAUAAUGGUUCUGAAGGAAUUGAGUCAAAUUUUGUGCACAGCCAGGAGUGUAAUCCUACUUCGUUUGAAGUAAACGUUGGCUUAGUACGUGACCGAAGGCAUAAUUAAGGUGCGGAUAGGAUAGUCACGCAACACCGUGGUAACCGAGGAACAAAGGGUGUCAAUGUUUCGUCAAUUGGCCAUUAGGCCCUGCAGAAAGAGUUCUUCAUUAUCAGCUGGGAAGAGCUCUUCCAUACGCUUGCAUGGCGGCGAAUGUACUACUGGGAAUCAAUCAUCUUCACUGCAUGCAGUUACUGGCCAAACGGAUAUUCGAUCGACGAUGGACAUGAAGAAAGGGGUGAGGAUUAGGUUAUGUUUUGGCGAUCCAGACAUUCUUACUCCACAGCAAGUCGAUCAAGGACUGUCCAAAUGUUGGAUCCUUGUACACAAUUAUAUACUUACCAUUGGCCAACUUGCUGCUCAUAUCGCUGCCAAAUUCGAUCUUCAGCAUUCUUGCCGUGAAGGACUUUCCCUUGAGAUGGAUGGUUUUGCUCUGCCUCCAACAGAGUUAGCAAGCCUUCUCCUGAAUUCGGAUAUUGUCAGUGUGAAGAAGCAAAAGAAGGUUGACUCUUUGACACCAGCGCCAUCAACUGCAUUGCAUUCAAGAGAGGCCCUCCCAGAGAACCUGAAAGCAAUCACAAAAGAGUCAAAAGGGCCUUUUGCCACCGUACAUACUUCGUCAUCAACCUCUCAAAUGUUGCAGUAUGCGCAGCCUCUUCCAGCUCCGCAACCCCCACAAGCACCUUGUCCUCCUACGCCUACUCAAACUGGUGGUAUGGAGGCGGCCGGUCCAGAAAAUGGGGUGCAAGUACCGCACAGUGAAGAAGAGAAGGAAGAUGCAAGCGAUACAUCCAUGAUGACAGUUCCUGGAGUCCUUGACGUUAGUGGAAGUGAUCGUGAAGUCCUUGCAGAGGAUGGUAUUGCUGAGAAGAGCAUUGUCUCUGGAAAAGAGGAUACGGAGGAGAAGAAUAAUGUACUUCAUACUGACGAGCCCGGUGCCGAGAAAUUGCAAAACAUAGUCACCAGGAAUCCCUUGCCAGACAAAAGAAAGUUCACAACUAUCUUCGAGCCUGGCGUUCAGCAAUACAAGCGUACAAGAAUAAUUGGUCCUCAUGCUAUGAAAAGUGUCGCAGCUUUAAGAGCUGCGUUGAUUGGAACAGCACGGCCUAAGUCGCCUUUGAAGUACAGAUUACAAUCUGAAGCAAAAGAAAGAAGUGAGAAAAACUACCCUGAAAUGUGGGCAAGGAAAGCUUUUGAUGCAUGGAGGAGUGCAAACGGUCACAGUACAGACCUUUCAAUUGAGGAUUUGUCUGAACUAUGUGAUGUAAGGCCGCUAGUUGAUAUGCUAUGCGAGUUUAUGUCCCAACUCACAAAACAGAAUGGGCAGUCGUAUCCACCAGCCAGUAUCCAAGCAAUGUUGCGAGCCAUAGGACGUAUCAUCAGAGCCCGCGAAUUGCAAAGAACGGCUGAGACUGGAAUCGCCAAAGUUCCGUUCAGCAUUUACCGUGAUCCUCGGUUUCUUAGAGUGAAGCUGGCAGUUGAGGAAGCCGUAGCUAAGUCUGCAGCAAUAGAGUCAGCAAAAGAAGUUAUGACGCUGGAGGUACACCCACCUAUGAAUGAAAUUGGCAUGUUAAGUCAAUGCAAGUUCUCCAAUACACACCCAGAGGGAUGCAAUAGGCGGUUCGUCUACUUCUGUUUGCGUGACUUCUGUGUUAAAGGGCGAAGCGAACUUCGAGAAUUAUCUGACGUUGAUUUUGAACUAUUCACUGACGAACAUGGGGAGUGCCUAAGGUAUACGCGAGGCAUGGGAGCGAACUUGAAGCUCAAUAUUGACAACCAGCCACGUCAUUCCAUUAGGUGCUACAUCACUGAUGUUUUAGAGACAUACCACGUUUUAAUGGCACAUCGACCAAUUUGGCUGGGCUCUGAGCCGGCACCUCAUCCCUUAUUCCUCAAGAGCCUCCCCAAGUGGAGCGAUCAAGUUGUCUGGUAUGCAAAAGUGCCUGUUGGUAAAAAUAAGUUUAGCAUGUGGAAUCAGGAUAUUAUUGCUUCCUUGGGUGGGCUUCCAGGCAGAGCUGUUUCAAAGUUUGACUGUUCAAAUUUUGAUUACAUGGUUGAAGCCACGAGGGUGGAGAAUUCGUAAAAUAACUUCCUGUGUAAAACAUUUGCGACUACGAAAUCACGUUUUCAGCUUCUUUUCUUUUUCC